GGCGGCAGCAACAACAACAAUAACGGUGACGGGUCCGGUCUGGUCGGCAGCGGCGGCGACGACGACGACGACGACGGGAACAGUACGACCCUCGCGCCGCCCUUCACGUUCCAGGCCGGCGUCUUUGCCGACCCUCCCUGGGUCCCCGACCAGCACGACGAGCUUGACGACUUUGACAUCAUCAACAUCACGCACGCAGGCAUUGCCCAGACCGAGGCCACGGGCGGCGGCGAGGCCGGGCAGAGCAUCAUCGGCGCCUACGCGAUGCACCUCUACCCGCAGUCCACCUGCGACCCGGCGCGCUGGCACCGGAUGCGGCUGGACCUGCUCUCGAACCACACGGCCCUGUGGCUCAACGUCUCGCAGUACGCCCCGCAGGUCGCCGCCGCCGACGUGACGGGCCACCCGUUCGUCAUGGGCGAGACCAACUCGGUUAGCUGCGGCGGGCGCAGCGGCAUCAGCGACACGUUUGGCGCCGCGCUCUGGGGCGUCGACUACGUCCUCACGGCGGCGUCGGUCGGCAUCGAGAAGAUCUACUUCCAUCUCGGCGGCAACAGCGAGUACAGCAGCUUCACGCCGCUCGGUUACCCGUACAAGAACGAGACCCUGGAGGCUGGCAUCAGGCCCGGGUGGUACGCGCACUACUUCCUCGCGCAUGUCGUGCGGCCGCUUGUUCGGGGCGGUGGCGCUGGUGCCGGCGAGCGCUUCGAGAUCGCAGGGUUGCCCAGCGCCAACUCGAGCUCGCUGAGCGGGUUCGCCGUCUACGGUACUCCUCCCAUCGCUUCUCUGAACAGUACGAAACCCGGAGGCGGCAGCACUACUGCACCACGGACAAGACGAGCCACGGAGCAGCAGCAGCAGCCGGCCGGCGACGCAAAGACGCUCCGCAAGCUCGUCCUGCUCGACAUGGGCGUCUGGAACGGCACCGCGGGGCUCAGCAACCCGUCCACCCUGAGCGUCACGGACGGCACCGCGUUCAGCCCCGGCAGCCGCCCGAGCAGCACGUUCCGCGUGGCCACGCCCUGGUGCCCCGGCAGGAACGCCAGCGUGGUCCGGCUCCAGGCCCCCGGGACCAACGCCAAGAGCGAGGUCAGCGUCUCUGGGGUCACGUUUGAUCCGCUCACCGGAGACGUGCAAGCAUCAGCAUCAGCAUCAGCAGGAGGUGGGGGUUUGGAGAGUGAGGUGGUCAGCGUGGGUGAGAAGGGUGUGGUCGAGAUCGAGGUUGUGCGGGCGCAGGGCGUGUUGUUGGAAAUGAACGAUGUUUCGCCCUGCGGCGGCACGUCUCCUGGUGGUGGUGGUGGUGGUGGGAACGGCGGCACUGGUGCCGGGACGGGAGCUGCCGGGCGGAACGGGCCGAUGGCGGCAACGUGGUUGUUGGCUGUCGUCAUGUGUGCUGUUGGCACUUUCAUGUUGUAAAAGUAAACCAGGUUGCAUUGAAGGUGUGGCGUUCACAAGUGUCUUAACAUGUCUGUAGCACGAACUGACGAUUGGCCAU